AUGCCAAUCCCCAACCCUUUUACCCGCAAAACGAUCCCCUACCACCGACUAUCCAAAGAAUCGACGGAACAAGAAAGCGACCAUGCAGGAACCAACACAUCAACAGCCAACCAAGAUUCGGAUGAACAAAACGUCUACCUCCUAGCAAAAAACCUACAUCGCCCUCGCCGAUCCCGCUUCAAAACUACAUGCACCUACACAUUCAUCAGUCUCUUCAGUCUACUAACCGGUCUCGUUGUCUCCCAAUUCUUCGCUUUGGAGUACGACUUUGACGGAUACCUAGGUACCCCAUCUCCUCCUCCCCCUACGCCAACAACCCAACGCUACAUCCAAAACGUCGUCUGGAGCGAAAACACCACAUUCGCCGCCUCUCCCAAUGCCGCCACGGAAGCAGCAUGGAAGAGUUUGAUACCUAGUGGUCGAGGCUUCAUUCAGCAUCCCGUGUUGGCGAAAGAUAUAAAGGCUAUUGCUGUGUUCCAUGAAUUGCAUUGCUUGCACGGACUCCGACUCUCCUACUUCAAAAUCUCCUACGCCCUCUCAAAACUCCAAUACCAGCAAGAACGAGAUCCAUACACCCACACCCGCGACGACCACCCUCACAUAACAGGUUCAUCUAUACAGAACCUGUAUCCGGGAUCCCUCCUCGCGGAACACAGCCACGGCCAUGAGCAUAUAAAGCACUGUUUCGAGUACCUGCGGCAAGCGCUCAUGUGUGCCGCGGAUACUAAUCUAGAGGGAACAAAGAUGCAGGAGUUUGGAAGAGCGGAUGGCGAUAAGGGAUAUGUGCUGGGUAGUGAUGCAUGGGGGACGAAGCGAGUGUGUAGGGAUUUUGAGGGAGUGAAGACGUGGGCGGAGAGGUGGAGGGGUGAGGAUGAGGGGGGCAUUGUGUAG